GCUUGGACCUGCCACAGUGCUCUCGUAGCCCCACAUCGUGUCACAUAUCCCCAUUCGAAUCGUUCCUGGUCAUAGCUGAAAGAUGACAAAUACGGAUCUGAAAGCCUUGGAGCUGCUGUUUCAGCGUCCUUUGGAGCCGGUGUUUACCACUCGGGACCAGGGCAAGGUGGUGCUCGAGCUGCCCGAUAGCUUCUACACGGAUCGUUAUCGCAACGACACUGUGGCCGUGUCCAAUCGCUUCUCGCAGGAUGUGGACCUGAAGAUACCCGUGCAGGAGUUGGCCAACAAGCCGAAUCUGGACUUUGCCAAGAAGUUGGGCAGGAAGAAUCAAUUUUCGCUGUUCAACGAUCGCCACAGGGAGAUCGCCAGUCAGCUGAUCACCUUGUUCAUGGGUGCACCCAAUCUGAAGCAGUUUGUGUCCCUGGCAGCCUACACCAAGGAUCGCCUGAAUCCGGUGCUCUUCCAGUACGCCUAUGCCGUGGCCAUUGCCCAUCGUCCGGAUACGCGUGAGGUGCCCAUCACGAACAUUUCGCAGGUGUUCCCCAGCAACUUUGUGGAGCCGUCCGUCUUCCGGGAUGCACGUCAGGAGGCGGCCACAAUCGGUGACAGUGGGGAGCGUGUGCACGUGGACAUACCGCGCAACUACACGGCCUCGGAUCGCGAGUUCGAACAGCGUCUGGCGUACUUCCGCGAGGACAUUGGCGUCAACAGCCAUCACUGGCACUGGCACUUGGUGUACCCCACCACCGGGCCCACGGAGGUGGUCCGCAAGGAUCGUCGCGGCGAGCUCUUCUACUACAUGCAUCACCAGAUCCUGGCCCGCUACAAUGUUGAGCGGUUCUGCAACAACUUGAAGCGCGUCCAGCCGCUGAGCAAUCUGCGUGUUGAGGUGCCCGAGGGCUACUUCCCCAAGAUUCUCUCCAGCGUGAACAAUCGCACGUAUCCGGCACGUGUGUCCGAUCAGCUGCUCAAGGAUGUGGAUCGCGAGGAUGCCGCCAUUGAGAUUGCCGAGGUGGAGCGCUGGCGCGAUCGUGUCUUGGCUGCCAUCGAUCAGGGCUUUGUCGAAGAUCCUUCUGGCACUCGCACACCCUUGGACGAUGUGCGGGGCAUUGAUAUUCUGGGCAACAUGAUCGAGGCGUCGCCGGUGCUGUCCAUCAACAGCCAGUUCUAUGGCAAUCUGCACAACCAGGGCCACACCAUCAUCUCGUUCGCCCACGAUCCCGAUGCACGGCACUUGGAGGAAUUCGGCGUGAUGGGUGAUGUGACCACGGCCAUGCGGGAUCCGAUCUUCUACAGGUGGCACGGAUUCAUUGACACCAUUUUCAACAAGUUCAAGGUGCGCCUGGAUCCGUACAACGCCGCCCAGCUGGGCUUCGACGGCGUCAGCGUGGACUAUGUGGAGGCGAAGAUCGGCACGGGCAAUGCCAGGCCGAACACUCUGAUCACCUACUGGCAAAAGUCGAGUGCGGAUCUGGCCGCUGGCCUGGACUUCGGCCCGUCCGCCGAUGGCAAUAUCUUUGCCUCGUUCACCCACUUGCAGAACGCGCCCUUCACCUACACCUUCAACGUGACGAACCGAGGAGCACGCCGCACAGGCACCUGCCGCAUCUUCAUCUGCCCCAAGGUGGAUGAGCGCAACCAGCCGCUGCGACUGGAGGAUCAGCGACUGCUGGCCAUCGAAAUGGAUAAGUUUACCGUUGAGCUGCUGCCCGGAGAGAACACUGUGCGCCGCCAGUCCACGGAAUCCUCGGUGGCCAUUCCCUUCGAGCGCUCGUUCCGGCCCAUUGGCGCCGCCUACCAGCCCAAGGCUGCCGAUGAGCUGGCCCGCUUCCGCUUCUGCGGCUGCGGCUGGCCACAGCAUUUGUUGCUGCCCAAGGGCAAUGCCCAGGGCAUGCUCUUCGAUCUGUUUGUCAUGAUCUCCGACUACUCGCAGGACUCGGUUGUGCAGCCCAAUACACCCAACGAUUCGUGCAGCACCGCGUACUCCUUCUGCGGCCUCAAGGACAAGCUGUACCCGGACAGACGCACCAUGGGCUUCCCCUUCGACAGGCGCCUGCCCAAUGCCAAUCUGACUGAGAUGGUCGGCGCCUUCCAGAACAUGGCCAAGACCGAUCUAAAGAUUGUCUUCAACGAUCGUGUGGUGGACAAGCCCUAAACCAUUAAUGACCACCGGACCCAACGGAAAUGACUUCUCGAACUUUGAACUUUAUAUAACUCUUUAAAUUUGUGCACCAUUCGCUGUUGUUUUGUAGGUACUUUGAUUUAUAUAUUACAAAAUAUCCCAACAAAUACAUCUACAUAAAUAUGUAUGCAAA